AUGAAAUUUAUAAUAUUUGAAUAGUUGUCUUGUUUAGCUCAUUUACCUCAUAAUAGCCAACCUUCUGAGUUUUGGAUUAUUACAGUUGCUUUCAUAAUGAAUGUUUAAUACCUUGCAAUAAUGUUACCAAUUAGUGGUUGGAAUUUAUGGAAAUACAGUAAUGGACACUUUUAUCUAUUACAAAAGCUAGCUCAGACUUUCCUUGUUAUUCCUUAUGCCUUUGAGUCUAAUUUUAACUUUGGGGAUAUAGUAUUUGGCCUUGUUAUUUUACUUUUAAUCACUUUAAUUACAAUAAUCAUUACUUUGGUGAUCUUAGGAAUAUAGGAUAAUAUCAAUCCUAAUUUGCAUUAUUCAUUAAGGAAGUCUAUUUUUUAUUUCUUUAUACUUAGUACAACUGUAUUUUAAUUACCAAUCCUAUUUUUAUUAAUUCCUUUCAUUAUGAUAGGAAAAACUAAUUUUAAUUAAGAGUUGACAAUUUUUAAUGUAAAAAGUAUUUUGAGCCUAUUAACACUAUUUAUAUUCUCAAUAUUUGUAUUUUUGCAACAAUAUUUUUUGAGAGCAUAUACAUUUGUUCCAUUUAAUUUUUUCUAAUAAAAGUAUAAUGGAUUAUAAUCUAUUUAAUACUGUCUUUCAAUUUUAAUUACAAUAUUAUAUUUAGUUGAUUAAGAUACAAUUGUUUAAUAUAUACAAAUACUUAUAAUAUUCCUAGAAUUAUUUUUAAAAUUAAUCGAAUCAAUUUAUAUGAAACCAUCUAUUCCAUAGAUAAAUUAAUUACAAUUUUCAUUUAAUUUUACUCUUAUCACAAUCUUAAUUAUUUUAUGUAUAAACAUUUUUACAAACAAUAGUUAUAUUUUUUAAGAAGAACAACUGAUUUAUGUAAUAAUGUUAUUAGGAUUAAUAUCAUAUCAUUUAAGUUAAUAAUUUUACUCUAUGAGAUGUUUAUCAGUCUUUGAUUAUGAAAUAACUCCAUUCAAUUGUAUUUUCUAUACCUAAGAAAUGCAUUUUAAAUAUUUAAUAACAUCAGAAAACUAAAAAAACAAAGAAUUUUUUCAGCUUUAUUUUUAUUGGAAGGGACAUAAAAUAGUUUGUUAAAAACAUUGGUUGAAAUCAAAUUAUAAGACUGAUUAUAAUUAAAUUUAAAGAACCCAUUAAACUAUUUUUUGUAUCCUAAACACAGAAUUAGAAAGAGCAUAAUAAGAUUCAAAGACAGCUUAUGAGGAAUUGUAACUCUUAUAUAUUAGUUAUGUUGCUUAAUUUUGUAAGAAACCACUCUUAGCAUAUGUAGAAUUAAAACGUUAUCAAAGUAAAUAAUAAAUUUAAUCCUUUUAUUUUAUUUCAAUAAGAUAUCAAAUGAGUGUUUAUCUAUAAACACUUAUAAAAUAUCAAUAAUAAACUAAUUUAUAAAUUCAUAAUUAAUAAAGGGUUGCUAUCACCGAGAAAUAAUUGAGUAUAUAAUCAAUUUUUGAUGCUCUCUAAUUUUAAGAUCAAUUUAUUCCAAGUGUGAUAGAUUUAUUAAAUGAUAAGAUUAAUUUUUGGAAUAGAUAAAUUAAGGGUUUUAAUAAUAUUUAUGAAUUAGAAAGAUUAGCAAUAAAUUAAAGCAAGAAAAUAUUUAAUUUAGCUAAUUAAAUUAAUAAAUAUUGUUCAAUAGAUAUUAAGAAUCUAGAUCAUUUGUCUGUAUCUAAUAAUGUAUAAGAUUUAAAAUUGAUCUCUAUUUUCUGUAGUUCUAUUAUGAAUGAUUAUUAUAGUACUUAAAUAUGCGAGACAGCAAUCAGUGAAAUUUAUAAUAUAGAGCAUACACUAUAAGAAGAUACAAUAACAAAUUUAUCAUUUAUUUAAGAAAGAGCAGUAAUUUUGAUGUUAAGUUUGGUUAAAAAUAGAGGUAAGAUAAUCAAUUAAGAUAAAAAAUUGAUUUCUUAAUUUUUUAAUUAUACUGAGUAAGAAUUUGCUUAAAUAGAUAAUAUAUCUGGACUUAUGCCUACAUUUUUUGCAGAAAAACAUGAUAAAUUAUUAUUAAAUUAUUUGUAAACAGCAAAAUCUUAAUUUUUUGAUGAUUACAAUUAAAUUUUUGGUUAAUCAAAAGAAGGAAUGUUGAUUUCAUAUUAAUUAAAAUUAGAUAAUAAUUUUAGUGAAUUAGAUGAUUAUGUAUUAAUUGGUUGUCUUACAUAAGUAAAAAAAUCAUCAGAUUAUUUAUUAUUUGGUGAUGAUGGUUUUAUAAUUGGAAUGACUGAAAAUUUUUAUUAAACAAUUAUUAAUGGUAAAGAUUAAUCAUAUAGAAUAUUACAUGAAAAUGUGAGUCAACUAAAUGCAUUUUUUAUAAUACCAAAUAUAAUGGAAUUAUUGAACGAAUUAAAAAAUAGUUAUGGAAAGGAUUCUAUUUAUGUUUAAUAGGAUAAAUUUUAUAAAAUAUGGAAGUAUAACAAUAACAAAGAUUUAUAUGAGAUGUCUGUAAAAUUGGGUUAUUCAUCAAAACAAAACUCUUUUAUUCACGAUAGUAGUUUAUUAAAAUCUAGAACAUCUUUUGCUUCUAUUGAGAAAGAGAAGGCAGAUAUUUAAAUUUAUUAGUAACUGGGAUAAUCAACUAAUGAGAAAAAGAAGUUAAAAGGAGUUUCUAUUUUAUAAGCAUUAACAAUAUACAGUGUUGCUUUCAAUAACUAAUUAUUGAAUUCUUUAUAAAUUUUNUAUAAUCAAUUUUUGAUGCUCUCUAAUUUUAAGAUCAAUUUAUUCCAAGUGUGAUAGAUUUAUUAAAUGAUAAGAUUAAUUUUUGGAAUAGAUAAAUUAAGGGUUUUAAUAAUAUUUAUGAAUUAGAAAGAUUAGCAAUAAAUUAAAGCAAGAAAAUAUUUAAUUUAGCUAAUUAAAUUAAUAAAUAUUGUUCAAUAGAUAUUAAGAAUCUAGAUCAUUUGUCUGUAUCUAAUAAUGUAUAAGAUUUAAAAUUGAUCUCUAUUUUCUGUAGUUCUAUUAUGAAUGAUUAUUAUAGUACUUAAAUAUGCGAGACAGCAAUCAGUGAAAUUUAUAAUAUAGAGCAUACACUAUAAGAAGAUACAAUAACAAAUUUAUCAUUUAUUUAAGAAAGAGCAGUAAUUUUGAUGUUAAGUUUGGUUAAAAAUAGAGGUAAGAUAAUCAAUUAAGAUAAAAAAUUGAUUUCUUAAUUUUUUAAUUAUACUGAGUAAGAAUUUGCUUAAAUAGAUAAUAUAUCUGGACUUAUGCCUACAUUUUUUGCAGAAAAACAUGAUAAAUUAUUAUUAAAUUAUUUGUAAACAGCAAAAUCUUAAUUUUUUGAUGAUUACAAUUAAAUUUUUGGUUAAUCAAAAGAAGGAAUGUUGAUUUCAUAUUAAUUAAAAUUAGAUAAUAAUUUUAGUGAAUUAGAUGAUUAUGUAUUAAUUGGUUGUCUUACAUAAGUAAAAAAAUCAUCAGAUUAUUUAUUAUUUGGUGAUGAUGGUUUUAUAAUUGGAAUGACUGAAAAUUUUUAUUAAACAAUUAUUAAUGGUAAAGAUUAAUCAUAUAGAAUAUUACAUGAAAAUGUGAGUCAACUAAAUGCAUUUUUUAUAAUACCAAAUAUAAUGGAAUUAUUGAACGAAUUAAAAAAUAGUUAUGGAAAGGAUUCUAUUUAUGUUUAAUAGGAUAAAUUUUAUAAAAUAUGGAAGUAUAACAAUAACAAAGAUUUAUAUGAGAUGUCUGUAAAAUUGGGUUAUUCAUCAAAACAAAACUCUUUUAUUCACGAUAGUAGUUUAUUAAAAUCUAGAACAUCUUUUGCUUCUAUUGAGAAAGAGAAGGCAGAUAUUUAAAUUUAUUAGUAACUGGGAUAAUCAACUAAUGAGAAAAAGAAGUUAAAAGGAGUUUCUAUUUUAUAAGCAUUAACAAUAUACAGUGUUGCUUUCAAUAACUAAUUAUUGAAUUCUUUAUAAAUUUUAGAAGUAAAGUAUUAUUUAUGUUUAGAGCAAAACUAAACAACAUUACGUUGCUAAAAUAAAUAUAGUAUACAAAAUGAUUGGAAAAAAGGAUAAUAGGAAGAGUUAUUUUAUUUUGGAAAUAAAUGAUUUGAGGAAGGCAGAUGAAUUAUUUAAGACAAAUGAUUCAUUGAUGAAUAAUUAACAUACUUUUUCAAUAUAGACAACAAAUAAAGGGAAUAUACAUACAGCCUAAGAUCCAAGCGAUAGUUACUUAGGAAAUAUGAUUGUAGAUAAAGAAGAAGUAACACCAAAUAUUUCAAAGUAAUUCUAACCUGGAUUUGCAAGACUUUUAAAUAAAUAUGAGGGUAAAUAAUAAGCAUAAUAAAAUUACAUGGAUUUAUUAGGAAUGGAAUCAGCAAGAGAUAGUAUCAGUUAUGGUCCAUUAUCUUAAAGAAUUAAUUUUAUUAGUCCUUCUUCCAAAUAAUAACAUAUGUAGGAAUUAAUAGAUAAGGAUUUUAUGGAUUUAUAAAAUUAAUUAGAAGUAGGAAAUGAAGAUAUUGCUAAUGAUAUUGAUAUGCCAGAUUCAUCUAAAGUUAAAAGCAACAGCAAAGAUUAAAAUUAAAAGAGUAAUAAUCUAAUUGAAAUUUUACAGAAUAAUAGAUUAAAUUAAAAAAAUGAUGACAUUGACAGAGAAGCCAAGAAAUCAAAAUCUAGUAUUACCUCUGGAACUUCAGGAAUUUCCGCUAUUUCUACAAUUAAAAAGUUUUAAUAAAAAACUGAAAUGACUAAUAGUCUUAGAACUCUUGCUGUUAUUAAUAUUAUGAUUAUGAUUAUAGUACUCACUUAUAUAAUAGCUCAUCUAUUAAAAAUUGCUACUUAUAAUUAUUAAACUUAAUUAACACUUUCCAAUAUUAAUGGACCUACUAUAUUUAAUAGAUAUUUUUUUAAAGUAUUUACUUAUACUUGGAGUUUGGUUUUCAACAGUCUUGGAAUUAUUGAAAGUAGUGAAUUCUUAAUUACAUAAACCAUUUCUGAAAUGAAGGAUUUAGCAGUAAUUAUUUUUAAUGAUCUAAGAAAUAUGUAUGAUACUUUUAUUGGAAUUGAAUCAUCAGGAAUGCUUAAAUUAAUCAACCUAGAUUUUCUAUAUUAAAACAAUGAAAAUGUUACAUAUACUUAUUUUAUUAAUAUUAUUUCUAAUGUUGCUGAUACUCUAUUUCAAGCUCUUAAUUAUAAUAUAAAGACUCUUAUUUAAUUAAUUGAUCGAAAUUAUAUUGAUAAUUUACUUAUGCUUAGAUAUAAUUUAAAAAAUGUUGUUGAAAUGAAUUUUUAAUUAAUUGAUUCACUAAAUGAACUAUUCUUCGAAUAAUAAAGUAAUUAGAUAUAAGAAUUUUAAACAUAAAUUAUAAUAGAAAUAAUUUUAUUGAUAUUAAUUAUAACUAGUUAAUUAAUUUAUUGGAAAUAAAUUGAAUAAUAUAGUUAAUAAAUUUUAAUUUUAGUUGGAAGACUCUAAUUAAAUUAAGCCUAAGAUAUGAUAACUAGAUUUACAGCUGUUAUAGAAACAUUAAAAUAAUUAUCUGGAAAAUUUGGAUGGAAAAAGUAAAAUUAUUAUAAAUUACUAUUUUUUCCAUUAAAUUAGAUUGGAAUUGAAGCUAUGCAAACUUAAUCUAGAGUUCUUAAAGAGUAUUAAUUAUCUUAAGUUGGUAAUCAAACAAUUAAAUUAAAUCAUAUUAUUGAAGAUAGAAAAAACUAUAAAAAAAAUCUAAACGUUGUACUCAACUCAAAAAUAAAUAACCCUAAUACUUCUAUUUUGAGUGCAAUUAUAAUAAUAAUAAUAACUAGUCUUAUCUUUUUAUUUUACCUUCUAGGAGGAUAUUUAUUAUUUUAAAAAUAACAAAAUGAUUUAUUACCAACUUAAUAAUUAACUCUUAGUUAUAUACGAUUUACUUCUCAAUUAGAUAUAGUAGUAAGCACAGCUUUGAUUACUAAAACUUAACCAAUUUUAUAUAAUAAACUUAUUGACUUAAAUAUUUACACAGAUUAAGAAAUGGAAACUUUUAGAGAUUAACGUAAAAUAAUCUAAAUAUUUAUUUCUCUUUAUUCAAUCUAUUUUGAAAAUAUUACAUAAAUUUAUGAAAAUAUUAUUUAAUCAAACAAAAUUACAUCAGAUGAUGAAAAUACUUUACUUUUGUUGUAUUCAAGUGAUUUCUGUGAAUUAUUAAGUUCUGAAAUACCAUUUUGUAAUUAUGAAAAUACUACUAAUUUUGAUUCAGUUUAUGGGAAACCUACUCGAUUAGAUGACAAUAGAGAUUAUUUAAGUAAAGGAAUUUAAGGAGUUGUUAGUAAAUUAGAUUCUUUUUUUAAAUAAAAUUAUAAUUAUGAAACAAAUAAAGUAGAUUAUCAACCAGAUUAAUAAUUAGUCAAAGACCUUUUUAAUACAAGAGAAUUUACAAAUACAUUAAUUGAACAUUUUUUAGAUACUACAGAAGGAACUAAUCUAUUUCUUGAUACUAUUAUGAAAUCUGUCAUAAAUAUUACUGAAAAGGAUCUAAAUUUAAUAUAUACUUAUUAUUUGGUUAUGGGAUUAAUGCUUUUAAUUAUUUAUCUUAUUUUUUAUGGUUGCUGGAUAUAUUUAACAAAUCAAAGACUAAUAUAAUUGAGAUUAAUCUUAACUAAUUUACCCAUUGAAGUAUUGACAGAACAACAUACACUAUCGUUAUUGAAAAAAUUGUAAUGA